AUGGUAGCCAAGUCCAAAAAUGGCAUAGUCAAACCAAAAGGUUAUUUGGCUACCAAGCACCCUUUACCAGAAUUAUUAUUGCUUUCUGAGCUAAGAUCUCUUCAAGCACCUCUUAAGCAUCCAAACUGGUUUAACUCUAUGCAGACUGAAGUUCAUGCUUUAAAAAGGUUAGGCACAUGGAGACUGGUUCCUUAUGAAGUUGGUAUGCAUAUCAUUGACAACAAGUGGAUUCAUCGGAUCAAGCUCAAUGUCAAUGGUUCAUUGGACAAGUUCAAAUCAAGACGGGUAGCAAAAGUCUAUCUGCAGGCCCCAGGUAUUGACUACGAGGAGAUUUUUUCUCCCGUAGUUAAGCCAAUUACAUUUAAGAAUGUACUGUCUCUAGCUAUAACUUUGAAUUGGAUAGUCACUCAAUUGGAUGUUAACUGA